AUGAAGAGACAAGCUCUUACUCUGAUUCCUCUGCUCGGUGCUGCUGCCGCGCAGAGUGGCCCGUACGGCCAAUGCGGAGGGAAUGACUGGUCUGGAGCCACCACAUGUGUGUCGGGGCACAGCGACCAGUUCGUCCACGACGCUGACGACGACGACCAGCGCUACAACAAGAACAACGACAACGACGACAACAUGCUGACAAAUGAUGCGGACGUGGAUCUUGUCCUGGAUCAUAUCGCCUCAUCAGGGCAUAAAAUCCUGCGCAUCUGGGGCUUCAAUGAUGUGAAUACUGAGCCAUCGACUGGCCAGGUAUGGUUCCAGAAGCACCAAGGGGGCGUUUCGACCAUCAAUACAGGGCAAUACGGGUUGCAGCGCUUGGAUGCAGUAGUCAGCUCGGCUGAGAAGCGAGGCAUCAAGCUUAUUAUCAAUUUCGUCAACAACUGGGAUGAUUACGGCGGAAUGAGUGCUUACCUGAAUGCCUACGGUGGCAGUACUAAGACCGACUGGUAUACCAGCGCCACCAUCCAGGCUGCCUAUCGUACAUACAUCAAGGCAGUCAUAGACAGAUUCAUCGACUCGCCAGCUAUCUUUGCCUGGGAAUUGGCGAAUGAGCCCCGCUGCAAUGGCUGUGAUACGUCCAUUCUAUACGACUGGAUCGCUGACACCAGUGCCUACAUUAAAUCACUUGAUCCGCUGCACAUGGUCUGCAUUGGCGACGAGGGCUUUGGACUAGACGAGGGCUCCGAUGGUAGUUACCCGUUCAGCUAUAAUGAAGGGCUCGAUUUCGCCGCGAACCUCGCCAUUGAUACCAUAGACUUUGGCACCUUUCAUCUCUACCCGGGCAGCUGGGGCGUAUCGUAUGAUUGGGGUAAUCUCUGGGCCAUCACGCAUGGCGCAGCAUGUGCAACAGCGGGAAAGCCAUGCCUAUUUGAAGAAUACGGAGCACCGUCCGACCACUGUGCAAUUGAGGUCCCCUGGCAAACGACUGCUGUAAGCUCGACUGGGAUAGCUGGCGACCUUUUCUGGCAGUGGGGAGAUACCUUGAGCACUGGGCAGACCCAUAAUGACGGAAACACGAUCUACUAUGGCUCUGAUGAGUAUACAUGCAUGGUGACAGAGCAUAUGGAGCGGAUUGCGGCAAGGUAG